CCACCAGUUCCGCCCACUUGUGCCCAGCAGUGCACCCACCUGUGCCCAGCAGUGCACCCACCUGUGCCCAGCAGUGCAACCACCUGUGCCACCCAGCAGUGCCACGCACCUGUGCCCAGCAGUGCCAUCCAUAAGUGCCACCUACUUGUGCCCAGCAGUGCCACCCACCUGUGCCCACCCACCUGUGACCACCAAUGCCACCCACCAGUGCCCAUCAGUGCAGCCCAGCAGUGCUGCCAGUCAGUGCCACCAGUCAUCAGUGCCACCUAUCAGUGCUGUCUAUCAGUACCCAUCAUCAGUGCCGCCUAUCAGUGCCACCUAUCAGUGCCGCCUAUCCGUGCCACCUCAUUAGUG